GCGGCGGCGCGGAGGCGGGGAGCAGGCGUGGCGGAGGCGGCACGGCGCUUGGCGCUGAGGAGCGAGCCCACCCGCCCCGGGAGCUCGCCGGCCCGGCGCGCCCCCCCAGCCGCGCCGCCCCCUCCAAAUGAGCGAUUCGCCCCCUGGAUCUAACCCAAGGACACCCGAGAGCAGCGGCAGCGGCAGCGGCAGCGGCGGCGGCGGGAAGAGGCCGGCGGUGUCCCUCCUACCCCCGGCGGACCCCCUGCGCCAGGCGAACCGGCUCCCGAUCAGGGUCCUGAAGAUGCUGAGCGCGCACACCGGCCACCUCCUGCAUCCGGAGUAUUUGCAGCCGCUGUCCUCCACCCCCGUCAGCCCCAUCGAGCUGGACGCCAAGAAAAGCCCCCUGGCGCUGCUGGCCCAGACCUGCUCGCAGAUCGGCAAACCGGACCCGCCGCCGUCUUCCAAGCUCAACUCCGUAGCGGCGGCCGCCAACGGGCUGGGAGCGGAGAAAGAUCCCGGCCGCCCUGCCACCGGCGCCGCCUCGGCCGCCGCGGCCCUCAAGCAGCUGGGGGACUCCCCGGCCGAGGACAAGUCCAGCUUCAAGCCCUACUCCAAGGGCUCCGGCGGCGGCGACUCCCGCAAAGACGGCGGCUCCUCCUCCGUGUCGUCCACCUCCUCCUCGUCUUCCUCGUCCCCGGGAGACAAGGCGGGCUUCAGGGUCCCCAGCGCCGCCUGCCCGCCCUUUCCCCCGCAUGGAGCGCCGGCCUCCGCGCCCUCGUCCUCAUCCUCGCCCGGCGGCUCCCGGGGCGGCUCCCCGCACCACCCUGACUGCAAGACCGGCGGCGGCGGGGAGCUGGACAAGAAAGACCCAGAGCCCAAGCCCAGCCCCGAGCCGGCGGCGAUGAGCCGUGGCGGCGGCGGAGAGCCCGGCGCUCACGGUGGCGCCGAGGCCGGGGCCUCCGGGCGCAAGUCAGAGCCGCCCUCGGCGUUGGUGGGGGCCGGCCACGUGGCGCCAGUGUCACCCUACAAGCCCGGCCACUCGGUGUUCCCACUGCCACCCUCCAGCAUCGGCUACCACGGCUCCAUCGUGGGCGCCUACGCCGGCUACCCGUCUCAGUUCGUGCCUGGCCUGGAUCCUAGCAAGUCGGGCCUCGUGGGAGGCCAGCUGUCGGGGGGCCUGGGCUUGCCACCUGGCAAGCCCCCCAGCUCCAGUCCCCUCACCGGGGCCUCCCCCCCCUCCUUCCUGCAGGGAUUAUGCCGCGACCCCUACUGCCUGGGAGGUUACCACAGCGCCUCACACCUCGCCGGCUCCAGCUGCUCCACUUGCAGCGCGCACGACCCGGCCGGGCCCAGCCUAAAGGCCGGGGGCUACCCAUUGGUGUACCCCGGGCACCCGCUGCAGCCCGCCGCGCUCUCGUCCAGCGCCGCCCAAGCCGCGCUCCCGGGCCACCCGCUCUACACCUAUGGCUUCAUGCUGCAGAACGAACCGCUGCCACACAGCUGCAACUGGGUGGCGGCCAGCGGGCCGUGCGACAAGCGCUUCGCCACCUCGGAGGAGCUGCUCAGCCACCUACGGACUCACACGGCCCUGCCCGGCGCCGAGAAACUUCUGGCUGCUUACCCCGGGGCCUCCGGCCUGGGCAGCGCCGCCGCCGCCGCCGCGGCCGCCGCCUCCUGCCAUCUGCACCUCCCCGCGCCCGCCGCCCCCGGAAGCCCCGGGGCGCUGUCUUUGCGGAGUCCACACACUUUGGGGCUAAGCCGAUACCACCCCUACGGCAAGAGCCACUUAUCCACAGCCGGGGGCCUGGCCGUGCCGUCCCUCCCCACAGCCGGACCCUACUACUCGCCAUAUGCGCUGUACGGACAGAGAUUGGCCUCAGCGUCCGCGCUCGGAUACCAGUAACUACAGCUCUUCCUCCCACUCCCCACUCCCCCAACCCCUCCAUCUCCUCGUGCCUCCCUCCUCCCUUCCCCGCAAUCGCCGUCGCCGCUGCAGCCUCCACUACUGCUUCUCCCUCCCGGGCUUCCUGCUCCCAGAUCCUCCCCACCGGACUAUGUAUUUAUUUACUAUAAUGUUAGCUUACAAGCUGGGAAUAUAAGUGCAUUAACGGCCCACAUGAGUCAAUGGUAUGCAAAAAGUCUGUGUGUCCCCCCCCCCAAAUAAUAUUAAUCCCCCGAAUAACUACAUGAUCCCCCCCCCCGCUCUUUUUCUUAGGUAUAAGUUGUAAUUGCUUUUUUUUUUUUUCUUUGUUUCUUUUUUUUGAUCGGUUUGGUUUUAGGGGGAGGAGGGAGAAUUGGGGUUCUUGGGUUCUUCUAUUCGUUUUUGUUUUCCCUUCCGGGAAGUUUCUUGCAUGAGUCUCAACCUGUGAAAACUACAUUUCCCCCUUUCUCUAGUCCCCUUUCCCCUGCAUUCCCUCUUGUUUCCUUCCAUUCGAGGUUCUGUUUUUCCUUUGUACAAGUAACAGCGAGGAGAUUUUUUUUGUACCACAUUUGGGGAGAGAGGAAGGGCUCCAUCCGUGGCUGGAGGUCUCCCGUCCUCUGGACCAGGAGUCCUGCCUGCUGCCAUCUCCUCUGGUACAUUACCAGCCCACACUGGUGGGGUCAGUCCUUGGUCUGGGCUGUGUCCCCCAAAUUAGAGCCUUGCUGCCCCACCUUGCUCUGAGCACGAGAGAGCCUUGACCCCACCAGCAGGCUCCACAGAUAGAGGGGCCCAAAUGGCUUCAAAAGAGCCUUUCCGUCCACAUCUACCCUCCCCAUCCCCAAACACCCAGUGGUCACACUGCCGGCUGGUGGGGGGGGGGGGGCUUGUAGGGUCCAGUGUGUUCAAUUGAAACCCCAAGAAGACCCUGCUGGCGUGGAACUUUGCUCUUUAUAUUUUGCAAAGUGCUUUAUAGUUGUCGUUUUCUCUCCAUUUUGGGGGCGGUAGGGGCAGGGUCAGUGAUUCUUGCUAGAUCCCUCCAAAGCAGAUCAGUGGCCAUGUUAGGGGACAGUGCCACUUCGUUUGCUCCUUUAGGGGAAGCUGGGGGAGUCGGGGAACACACGGAUCACAGCAGCCCCCUCACCCCCUCCCAGGCCUGACCCCAACAGUGUCCCCAAAGUUGGCCAUGGGCUCCCUCAGUGACUGGGAUGGGAGCCCCUGGGUCUUCUCCCCUCACCUUCCCUCACUCCCAGUCUUAUGCAGUGCCGGGGGCUGUGGGGCCUGUUGGGGACGACUAGAGCUCACCCUUGGUAAGACUUAUUUUGUUAAUAAAUGGAAUACUUGGCUAUAUUCA